AUGUUGGGUGAUCCCGAAGCAACGGGAGCAUCCCGGCCCAUUAUGGAUCCCGAAGAGACGGGAGUAUUGCGGUCCAUGGAUCCCGACGAGGAGGAGGAAGAAAUUGAGGAGGAACUUAUUGAAGAGGAGGAAGUGGUGGACGACGACGACGAGUUGGAACAAAGCCAGGCGGUCUUGUUGGUCAUGGACGAUCGACAGCGACAGUCCAUGCUGGAAAUCAGCAAAUUGGGAUUUGAUGAAUCCAUGAUGUAUUACUCGCCAGCGGCGGCUGCCCACGAUGCCGGGGACUUUUUUGAAGAAGUCAUUGAAGAGCACGAAGAUGAAGAAAUCAUUGAAGAGGAGUACCAUGAAGAAGAGGAGUACCAUGAAGGGGAGUACCAUGAAGAGGUGGAAGAGACCGAACAUUUCGAGGAGGUGUUGUCAGACAGUGAAGAACACAUGAUGAUGGAUUACAGUGAAGUCAUGGUGGAUGACAGUGAAGUCCUGGAGGAAGAGGAACACGUUGUUGUGGAAGAAGAACACAUUGUUGUGGAAGAGGAACAAAUACUCGAUGUGGAGGAAGAAGAAAUCCUGGUAGAAAACAGCCCACAACAACGUCCAUCCCAGCAGGCCAGGCGGAUGUCAAGCUUGUCUCCUGUCCGGGAAAUGGAGCGUGAGGAAACGACAACCAGAGACAUCUCAGAGUUUUUGAUGGACGACGAUGACAGCAUUCUCCAGGACAGUGGUGAUGAUGUUGAUGAUGAGGAUGACGACGAUUGGCUCUAUGGACCGCUUGGUGCAAAUGAUCAUCGGCGUGGCAGCAUUGUCGAAGUGACGGAUGAAAAUGAAGAGGAAAUCACAUCCCGUCUCUGCAGUGCCAUACAUGUGGCUCUGGAUAUCUUUGAUGAUCGAUGGGAGGAAGUCUACUCCAAACCACCUCCCAAUAUCCAUCCCUCUCCAACAAAGGAGAAUGUACCUCCAAACGACAAUAGCAGCAGCACCCACCAUAUCAUCACCAAUCAAAAGAGCCCGCUCGCAGCCACGGGCGACAAUAUUCAAAACCAAUCAAGACUGUCCAAUCAGGAUGGCAUACAAAUCAGGUCAGCAAUACAAGGCGACAAUCAUCAUCAUACAGGGGAAGAUGUGACAGGCCACAGCAACGAAGACACACAAGCCGAAUCUAGGCUGUACAAUGUCAUGCAUUUCGCCCUGGAUACGUUGGAGGCGUUUCAGUUUGAAAUGGACUCCACCCCUCGGCUCUAUGAUGCCACAAAGCUUGCCAUGGAUACGUUGGAAGCUCGUCAAAUGGAAGUCUACGCCAAACCACCCGAUGGAUAUUAUCAUGAUGCGGCAACCGUCAAGAUGAGGUCAAGGGAUGCCGGUUCCAUUCGCGUGUAUGGGUCCGAUGAUCCAGGCUCUAUACGUGUGUAUGGUUCGAAUGCUGUGGAUGCAGCAGAUCAACGAAUGCGGAGGGAUGCAGACUCCAUACGUGUAUACGGUUCCAAUGCAAAAGAUGAACAAGCCGAUCCACAGAGUAGGCAUAGAUAUGUGGGAUCCACACGGGUGUAUGGCUCCAAUCCAGAUGGGACUCAAGGGGAUCACCAACAAAGGCGAAGAGCUGGAGGCUCCAUUCGUGUCUAUGGUUCCAGUGACCCCAACGCUGACAAUUCCAGAGAGGCCAAAACUUAUAAUGCAGAGACUAUGAGCGACACUUCCAGUCAAGAUUCCAGCAUCUACCUUCCACCAUCAUCGGGUCUUCUAUGGGCAGUGCGGGCUUCCAUGAACAUGCUUCUUCCUCGGUACUACCGCGUGCCGCCAAUUGCAUCCUUGAAAGACUUUGAAAAUAAUGAUGGGCCAAGUGACUCAACGGGUGUGCCAACGAGCGUCAGACUUCCCAGCAGGAAAGUCCACUCACCUCAAUCACCAAUACAGUCUGGAGAGUUUUUCGAUGAUAGCUACUUGGAGACCAGCAAUAAGUACCCGUUACCCGAGGUGCAUUCACUAUGGGGUGCUGGUCAAAAGGAGACACAAAGGAUUCCCGACUCUGCACGGGUACACGGUGCGAAUGGGGGUGAACGAAGACCGCACCGGACGCCAGAAAAUCGAUCGGGGUCCCCAACAUCGGUGGCUCUUCAUCAGCCUUGGGCAAGUGGCGAAACCAAGCCGCCCAGCAAGACAAAGGAGGAGAUUGCAGGCCCACCAAACCACAAACCUGCAACGCCCACUCAGCAAUACAAGUCGCCGGCUUCGCCGCCAGGUGGUCUCCCGCUGGAAGUCGAAGUCAGUUAUGAGGGGACAGACCGGAGCGAAGCCAGGGAUUCUUUCCCCAUUUCAGGCAAUACAACCUUCUUUUCAGCUUUGAGCGACGAAAUCGAACCAAGUCCUCGGCAGUCGUACCAAUACUCCCAAAUGAAGCCAACAACCCACUCAAGGAGUAGUUCACAUCCAUCGGAUGAGGAGCAGGGUCCAUGGGACGAGUAUUUGCCUGUAACGUUUGAGAAGGCUUCAGCCAUCUACGAAUCCGAUUUUAUUGUGGCACCCCGCUGGUUCCAACAGCAGGUCCAACAGCAGGCUCCAAGUCGCGUUCAAACAAAGGCGUCCUCACCAUCAUCCGACGAUAACUUUUUGAGGAUAUGGAUUUUUCGUGUUCUGUUGGCUCUGUUGGUCGCGGUUCCAUUUGGGAUUGCGGCCUAUCUCACCAUCAGCAAGAAGGAUGACGAUGACGACGUGUAG